AGGACCUAGAUGUUUUCUGAUUGGCCAACAACAGUCUUUGACGUUCGUUCGUGUGAUUGGCUGAUACGAAAUGGAACGUUUCCAUAGGAACGGAGAAGCGGAGGCAGACGGUGAGGAGCAGUGUUCCCCACUUUCCUCACCAGAUUGGUACUGCAGUGAUGGACGAUCUAGAAACACUUGAUUUCCGAGAGUUGGAACGGGAGCUGGCCAAUGCACUGGCUGCAGAUCAGAAGUAUUCCAGAGAAAAUGACGCUAAGUUUCGGGCCAUUCACCAAAAAGUGGCAUCUUAUGAGGAAUUCAGAGAUAUUGUCCUGGCAUCUAACCUGAAACCCCUUGAGCGUAAGGAUAAGGUGGGAGGAGAGAGCAAGCAACCCUGGAACCCAAGUUUCAAUACAACUAAUUGCACGCAAAAAUCUGAAGAUGUAAUGCUCAAGAAAUCUUUGUCAGAUCCCACAAAUGCAUUUGAAUUUGCCCGAGACUGGCGCCGAUUAGGGAAUGUGGAGAAGUAUGACUUCCUCUUGCAACUCGGAGCCGAGAAGCUAUCUCAACUUUUCCAUGCUGAAGUGUGUUCUGGACUACUUGGAGAAUUCCUCUUAGUGCUCAGCGAGAGCUUUCAGGCCAUUCAUGUGGAGAAGGUCCUAAAGAUCUUACAGACCCUAGCAGAGACCAAGCGUUUUGACCUUAAUCUGAUUUUUAUCAGCAGGUCUGAGGUGGAGAGUUCCCAAAAGCUAUUUGGAAAAUUACAAACCUGUGUUGGAGCUAUGAAAGAUGAAAAAAGGGGUUUAGGAGAUGAAAAUCUAAGAAAAUUAAUGGCCUGCUACAAGAUCAGCUGCUGACUUGGUUUACGUGUACCAGAGCAAAGAUUACUGUUAUCAUUUAGACAGCAGUGACUAUAGGGCCCUAUAUGAAACCACAUGGGAUGCCUGAAACAGUUGUUGUCAUGAUCAUAGAAUGUUUCCUGUCAAGCUCCCUGCUUCAUUAAAUUCUUCUAUAACAGUA